UUCAUUCUUUUGUGUUUAUUGCAUUAGGUUGUUUACUGAUAUGGGUGCACACAUUUAGUAAACACAUUUUGUUCAUUUUAAUCAUUAACUACUUUGUUUGGCUGAGUUUGAAGGACUGGCUGGGGGAGAGGACUGUUUGAAAGACGAACCAGGAAGUGGAACAAACCAUCAGGCUGCUGGAAGCAGGGGACCUGAUGUUAAAGAACCUGCCUCUCUCUAUUAAUAGCAUAACUCCUUAAACAUUUUGGUGUUAGGUUGUUUUGUUUUUACAGUUGUGUUGUAGUCAAAAUAUGUUGGUUUAAAUUAGUUGUUUAUGUUUAUAGAUUGUUUGUCUUUGUCUCAUCUCCCACCCGUCCUCCUUUGUGUAGGCUAGCCUUUGUGUUUAAAUUCCCCUGUGUGUUCAUUGGUUUGUUAUCCUGAGUUAGUUGAUUUCUUUUGGGCCCAUUUUGUUAUAUUUUUGAGAUUUGAUGUUGGAUGUCUUUUUUGAAGAAUAUUUGAAAAAAUAAAUAGAAACUAUUUUUUUAUAUAUAUGCCUUUGUCCUUACUGGACGAACCGUAACAGUGAGGUUCUCAUCCAGACCAUUUUUUUUCCAGUGUCAAGAGGAGCACAUAGAGUAGUAGUUUCAAUGCUAAUAGCCAACUUAUGUAAAUUUAACACACAUUUUACAGAAUUAAAUGUAUGCCGCCCUCCUUGUUGGAGUAAUCAGCUAACUUGUUUAACACAGGAUUGCCGCAUUGUUUAACAUUGAAAAUCAUGCAUUUGUUUUGGAUUACAUAUCUAUUUUUAAGAUAACUAAACCCGUCUAUAGCAGAGUAGUGGCGCACUCCUGCAAAAAAGUGAAAAGUCAAACCUUUCUGCGAUGACUUGUUUUAGCAUUUAUGUGCCAUUUAAAAUUUGAAGGAUGAUCCACUUACAAGCAGGCAAGAUGUUUCUCUAUUUGCCUUUAGAAUGUGAUAUGAUAAAAAUUGCUCUUCAGUCCGUGUGUUGGACUCACCCAAAUAUUGCCUUCAGUGUCAAACCCUUAUACCUGUGGGGCUGAAAAAGGGUCUGAUCUGAGGUUAUCUCCAGAGGUUUCAGCAGCGAAAAAGCAAAUGCUUCUCUGUUGUAUUUAGGAACACCAGCUGAACUUGGCAGUAAAACAAGUCCAGUUGAUUUUACUGCUAAGGAAAACCAGCUGAAUUCCUAAGGAAGAGCAGUAGACGGAUAUUUUCUCUCCAUCUUGUGGGUGUGGCGAUGUCUCGCCUGGUGUGCCUGCAUCACUGCGAUUGGUCCCACCUCGGUUGGCCGGUUGGCUGGUUGGUUUCUGCUCUCUCUCCCCUGGAGUUAAUCCUGAUUGUGUGUGUCGUCUAAAUGGUGCAAAAUGAGACCCGGCCUAAUGCUAUUCUCUGCAGAAACAUUUCUGAAGACCGCCUUUUGUUGCGAUGUCUAAUCACGCCUCGUUGCUUUGUGUUGUCACAGGCACGCGAGGAUAGGUGUAAUUCAAAUAUGAGUGUGAAAUAUUUGAAUCCAUCCAAAACUUGCGUCUGUGGAAAAAUGCGUCACCGCAGAAAAAAACAGAAACAAGGUUUGGCUUCAAGUCUGUGUUUCACAUUGCUUUACCCCCACGACUGUUGAUAUUGAGGCUUUUGCUUGGACAGUAUUUGUCUCUGUGUCUCUUCAUUACCUGCCUCCCUUACAACUCAGCAGUUACUGUAAAAACAGAUUAGGAGCCGGAGCAUAAGCAUCAGUGGCAGAAGACGUGGACUUGUUCUGGCAGCGACUGCAGUGCAGCCGUAAUUGCGGUGAAGCUGUGUUGGUGCGUUGAGAUGGAUAAGUGGUUGACCUAGUCUCUGUGCAGUGAUUCCUCUGAGUCACGUUGUAAAGGAGGCUUAAGCAGAAGAAAAGAAUGGCGAUAGUUCCUGCUGUUGCCGUUUCUACUCUCCCUCUAUUUUUCUUUGGUACUUUUUUUUCUUAUUUAAUUUUUUUUUAAUCAGAAUUUGAAUACUGAUUUUUGUAUCUAUUCCUGUUGUUUAUUUGAUAUUAAUAGUUGUUUAAUGAUCUGAAACAUGAGAAAGAACAAAUCAAACUCAGACGAAAUAUGUGAAGGGUUAAAUACAUUAAUAUUAUUAUUUAUUUUUUAUUUUUUUACCAAUCUGUAAAUGUGGAGUUCUGUUUAUGCAUAAUGUUUUUAGUUUUGUCAUCAGGAUCAUGUGAACUACACAUGCACCCCCAUCGAUACUUGUCUAAAUUUAUUGAGAUGUAACUAGUUAUUAUUUGCGACUCUUCUUACUCAUGACUUCACCUAAAGCAAACACACACCCACACACACAGUCUGGCCUUUAGCUACUGUACCCAGGUGUGUUUUCUGUCUGGUUCUGCAGUGCACUUCCAGUUUCCUCAGAUGCGUUUCGACACCUGUCACUGCGCCUGACAGGUUAUUCUUCCUCGGGCAGAAAAAUCUGGUUGUUACAGCACACAAAGCAAAACCCAGGAAACAAAUAGAGAGUUUGCUUAUAGCUAAAUAUGUUUUUUGGUUUUUGUGAUUUGUGUUCCUAGACCAACUUUUAUUUUUGUAGCUUUACCCUAACCUGUGCAAUGUACGGAAAUUGAGUGAUGCUUGAUAUCUAGGAUUGCUUCACAUUGGAAUGCCUCGCAUGUUAAAAAAACAUACAAACGAUGUGAAUAGCAAACAUUAGCUCUGAGAGCCCAGAGUCCUGUUCUCUAAAAACUGAUAGCAAAAAGGCAACCAAUUUUGGGUUAUUGUACCAAUCUAAUUGUAGUUCAAACAUGGACCGAUCCAGCACUGGGUUGAUGUAACAUAACCAGCCGGUUAUGGGUUUCACUAAGCAUACUGGGUCCGAAUUUCACCUCCAAAAUGUGUGGUAGUGCUAAUGACUGUCUCUAAGGCUAAGGUAUUGAGGGAAGGGGUGUAAUGAAUUAACUGAUAACCAAAAAUAUUUCCCAAAACGUUUUCUGAAGGGUUUUAAGGCACUAAUUACAAACUAGCACAAGGCUUCGGGCAAUAUGGUCGUCUGACUAAACUUUGUUAAAGUUGAGAGACUUUAAGGGAUGUGGAAGUGCUUAAAAAUGUUUCUUCACUGUUAUAGGGUUUUGGUUUGAAUCCAGGCAGGGAAACACAGGCAUGGAGUUUCCUUGUUCUCCCCAUUCAUGAAUGUUAUUUUGUAGGGUACAUUAACUUUCUUUUUACACCGUAUCUCUGUUGUCUUUAGUCUGUAGUCGUUAGUGGUAAAGACUACAGUCUCUUCCACUAGCAAACGGUUCCAAGCCAAUAAAAGCGUCAAUGACGGGAACGUGAGGCUGGCCUUUGACCUGUAUGUAUCCCAAUGUUCCAAAGGCAGAGUCGUAUUGAAGCCAGUAUUAACUCACCUAACUAUAUGAGACAGUUCGGCGCUAAAAGAACAAAGAAAGCAGGAGACUCCAUUCCUUUUGUUCACGUCAUUUUGAUUUCAUGUGGCGAAAAUAGAUCAGAUGCAACAAUUUCCUAAUCGUGGCGACAGAGCCCUGAAGGCAGGGUGAAAGCGUGAGCGUGCUCAUGUGGGGCGAUCGGAGGGUUGUUGGAAAAUUAGCUAUGCUGUCAGAGCAUUUUCCACUCUGCUUUAAAGGAAUUGUCACCAGUGAAGCAGACUCAGGGAAGCCCUCUCUGCACUCUUUUCCUCUCUCAAUGUCUUUUUUGCCUGCAGUGAAACCCGGGCUUGUUCUUGUUUGGUCUUCGGGGAAACUCACUGGACGACAAACGAUGGCAGAGCUUUGUGGACCUGGACAUGAGUGCCAUUCAGACAACUGACUAUUAUGACAAAAAGUGAUCUUUGGUUUUCUUCUGAACAAUUUUUUCAGAAUUUUUGAAAAACCAAACAGGCCUGUCUCAGUAAUGAUGCAUUUCCGCCUCUCCCCGCUUCCAACAAAUCCACUCUAGAAACUGGAAAGAUUAUUUCUUUAACCCACUUCCAUAUGUACAUAGUCAUUAAUCCUGUGUCUGUCUUUGAGUUGUGCUGUGUAGAAGAUUUUUUCCAAGUCUGGUUGAGACCCCAACUUUAUCCCAGUUUAGAUGAGAGUAUCAGAAGUUCAGAGACUCAGGCCAGUUCCAUGAGUCUGACUAAAUUGAGCACAAAUUUCUGUGUGAAUUUUAAAUAAAUUCAGGAUUCCAAGAAGCAUACAGUGCUGUGUAAUUUACUUUCUUUGUGUUUUUUGUCUUUUUGUUUCUGAAAAUUACUAUAAUAUAAUAUAGUUUAACUUCAACAUACUAAUUAUUUUUUGUUUGUGAGAUGAAUAAACAGUUAUUUAACCCCUUAUCCACAUUUAUUUAUUUAUAACAUUUUGACAUUGCCGUCACUCCAUAUAUUUUGAGCAACUGGUUUUAGAGAAAAGCUUUCAACAUCCCAGGAAACUAACCGAUAGGCACUGAAUAUUUAACUAAAUACAUAGAAGUGGAAAUUGAACACUACAACUGACAAAAUAAACAGAUUAAACUUCAUAUCUGUUCGAUGGGGGAGGAGGGGUGAAGUCGCACUCCUCUGUCUUCCCCCUCUCCGCGAGUGUCUCCAUGGCAAAAGACCGCUUCUCACUCAUUAUGAAAAGGUAAAUAGAUGGGGUGCAGGAGGCGGGGGGAAUUGACAGUGUUCGGGCUUUUCCGCUCGGAGUCGGACUCAGAGCCCCCCUCUGUGUUUACGCGGCAGAUACAUCAGUCGAGUCUCUUGGAUUUUUUAUUUAUUUUUUAUUUUUUGCGGUUCAAGAUUUUCGCUUCAUUCAACGAUAAAAUAUAUUUUUCUGCAGCUGACAUGGACACCGCUAACCAGCUGGCAUCGGUGGGGACAUUUCAGGUGCUCAAAUUGCCUCUGGGAUUUAUCCGUGUUUUGGAAUGGCUCUUUGCCAUUUUCGCUUUCGCCACAUGUGGUGGCUACUCAGGGCAGCUCAGGGUCAGUGUGGACUGCAUGGAGAAGGCCAGCAGUGACCUGAAUAUCGGCAUUGACUUUGGUUAUCCUUUCAGGUUGCACCAAGUGUCGUUUGAAGCACCCAUGUGUGAGGCCAUGAGGACAGAGCGUGUGUUCCUCACCGGAGAUUAUUCUUCCUCUGCUGAGUUCUUCGUCACCAUUGCCGUUUUCUCCUUCCUGUAUUCUCUCGCGGCCACUGUUGUUUACAUUUUCUUCCUGAAUAAGUACCGCGAAAACAGUCAGAGACCGCUCAUUGACUUUGUGGUGACAGUGGUGUUUUCCUUCAUGUGGCUGGUGAGCUCCUCUGCUUGGGCCAAGGCCCUGUCUGAUGUGAAACUAGCCACUGAUCCGGACGAGGUGCAGCUUCUCAUCCCAGCCUGCAAAGACCCGACUAACAAGUGCGGCUCUUUGCACGAGCCUCGGUGGUCUGGGCUCAACACCUCGGUGGUGUUUGGAUUUCUCAAUUUUGUUCUGUGGGCUGGAAACAUCUGGUUUGUCUUCAAGGAGACCAGCUGGCACAAGGGUGGCUCCCGGUUGGCAGGCAGCGCGCCCAACAAACAGGCCGGCACCUUCGACCAGCAGCCCUACAACCAGGGCGGCUUUGACCAGUCGGGAAGCUACAACACCCAGGGGAGCUUCGACCAGCCGUCCGAGUACAGCCAGGUGGGAGGGCCCACCUCCUACUCCAAUCAGAUGUAGCCGUGACUUGCCUUUCGGCAUCUUCAAACAAAGGCAGUCAGGGGCUGGGCAUGCUGUUAAAAAGAAAGACGGCCAUAAGGAGUCAGAGUGCACCUGCUGUAGAUUCAAAAAAAUAAAAAUAAAAAAUCUAGUUGGGUCUCGUAGAACAAAAUAUUAGACGUAGUCCCUCACCCUUUGUCUUUCAGAGGUUGUGUUAGCUGAAUGUUGUCCUUCUAGUAGUUUGAAACGCAUAACAGUUUCUCCGUGCUCGAUUAUCCACUUGUUCCGUUUUUUGACUGGCCGUCUCUGUUCUAGUAGUUUGUUUGCACUCUGUAUCGGACGGAAAAGUGCUCUUUGUAAAAGUUUUAAAGUGCAUGAUGUUGUGUGCUAGUAAGGUCUUUGUGAAUCCAGGAAAAAAAAAGAGAUAAAACAUGCAUUCUAAGUGUAAAAGUUUACAAAACUUACUCUGCUCUGACACAUCACUGAUAGCUAAUCAGGUAUUCAGUCAUGUUUUUUUCUUGUAAUGACGAAUAUAUUUUGAUAAUAGGUGUUUCUAAUUCCAAUAAUAUUCAUAAUUCAAGUAUUUUUUUUCCUGAUUUUUUUUUUUAUUAUUAUUUUACAGCUGCAACUCUUUGACUUUUUGUCUGAUAAUGCCAAUAAAUAAAAAAAUAACAUAAAAUAAAAUCACAAGUAACAUGCAUUUUGUAAAAUCCUCCACAAAAAACAAGUUUGUACAAGAAACCUAAAACAUAUGCAACUUCCGCCGUGUGCGCUGACUUCCAAUGUUUAUUUACUCCUGGACGGAUGCUACCAUGCAGGUUUAAGAAUAUUUUUAAGAUAUAAACUAUAGAAGCCACUCUUCAUACAGUUUACCUUGACAACUUUCCUCCUUUUUACUUAAAACACACAUUUAAAAAAAAAAUUCACGCUGUUCAUACACACAAUGAAAGCCCUGCAAAAAGCUCCUGAAUGCCAUAGUUAUGACCAAAUAAUAUGACACUACGAAGUUUUGUACAAACAACAUCUGUUCUGUUCAAGUGUUGUAAAGUCAUGACCAUUGAAUGGAAUGCUUGGUUUCCUGUUAAUUUAAUAUGAUAUUUCCAUCCCUGUGUUUUGACCGUCUCAGCAUGUGACUUGCACUGGUAUCGAAAAGUCUAAACACGGUUUGCCACUCGUAUCUAACGUGCACAAGCCCAUGACUCACUAAUAAAGAUGGACAAAUUUG